AUGUGCGAAGACAGUGCGAUCAUCUCAGUUCCAUUUUCUCUAAGAACAGUUGUUAAAAACGGGAGUACCUCAUUAUACAGAAAAUCCACAAGCGCUUAUCUAAAAAUGACAGCUGAGAUUAUUAUCAUGUGGUUGAUGGGAUUCUCACUGGCUUAUAGCCAUUAUAUGGAAAAAUCCUUUUUCACACGAAGUGAGGAUAAUCAUAGCCAGAAGCAGUGUGGAUUCCACUACUUGCCUGCGGCAACCAAGGGAACAGGCCCGCCAUUCAUCUCAAUGGGAGGAAGAUUAGUGUAUCCAAACGAAUAUCCUUUUUCUGUUUACAUUGAUGGUAUGUGUUCUGGUGUACUAGUAUCAAAACGUUAUGUGCUGACAGCAGCCCAUUGUAUUGUAAGAGAAAAUGAUCACAAUCAGUAUCAACGGGAGUGCGACUAUAGCCCUUCAAAUGCGCACAGGGUCAAUAAGACUGUUAUGGAACCAACGGAAUUGAGUAUUUAUCCAGGAUCUAGAUGCCCUGAGCCAGAAUCUUGCAUAACGGAAAAAACUGUGUACAAUGUUCUUUCGGUGCGUCCUCAUCCAGAAUAUAAUAUCUGCAAUUUCGAGAACGAUAUAGCACUAAUUGAACUUGAGAAAGAUGUCUCGGAAAAACAUGCAGUCCCCAUUUGUAUGCCAGACAAGAACGAAAUGCUUUCUGGUGUUUUAUCUGCUACCGGGUAUGGAUAUGACCCAUAUGCCGAAGAUCCGGAUAAGCCAGCACUAAGAGUUGUGGAUUUUGACGAAUACGAAGAAGAGAACGGCGAAAUUAUCACCAUUGAUAUGGAAAGAGAUACCUGCAGUGGUGACAGUGGCGGUCCACUGUUUCAAAACAAUAGUGAUGCUUUAACACUUGUUGGAAUCACUUCUGGCGGACCAGACUGUACAGAAGAGAUUAUAGAAAGAAGAGGUUACUACAUUGACGUGCGAAAACAUCUUGAGUGGAUAUGCAAAAAUUCAGAUGCUUGCCCCGACGACUAUGAAACCCUAGAAUACGACUACGGAAAUGAAUCCGAAGAACCCAACAACACCCAUCCAAAUGAGGGCUAA